AUGUUAGAGAGACGCGAAAUCAAUUUCUUCCGGGGCUCGCCAGCCCCAAACCUCUUAACGAGUGUAUAUCAACUGACGCAGUCAAUCGAUACCGAGCGGAUCUGCAUCAUUGGUGGGGCGAGUCAAAACCUGGCCUCCAUAUGGCUGCCUCAACCGACUUAUCAUCUCGUGUUUCAAAUCUUUGAAGAUGCCGGAUUUCAUGGCCUGCUGAAAUCCAUCCCGGAAGAUGUGGAGGAAAUGGAUUCGAGGGCCCUUGAUGAGGCGAUAUCGCGAAUGGAGUCGGAUCCGGCGACCUUGGAUAGGUUGUGUGAAAUGCCAAUAAAACCACCACUACCAUACCGGAAGAUUUAUAAGCACAUUGUAUACUGCGUGCCGACAUUCGCUAAUCCCACAGGCAUCACAAUGCCGGUAUCCCGAAGAGAAGAACUUGUGCGAGUAGCGCGCAAAUACGACGCACUGAUUGUUAGCGACGAUGUCUAUGACUUUCUGCAUAUAUCCGACGCAACAUCGUCGACAGGAGCAGUCCCUCCACCGCGAAUUGUUGAUAUCGACAGAACGCUAAAUAGUGGAUUACAAGAUCAAUUCGGAAAUGCUCUGAGCAACGGAUCUUUCAGUAAACUUGUCGGACCUGGGUGUCGUGUUGGGUGGGCCGACGGGCCAGGGGCUCUGAUGUAUGGACUUUCUCAAUGCGGUUCGAAUAUCUCCGGCGGUGCACCAUCCCAAUUAAUGUCAACAUUCAUCAAUCAAAUUGUUCAAGACGGGUCAUUGACAACUCAUAUUGAAAAAGCAUUGAUCCCGACCUGUAUGCGACGAUUCAAUGCUAUUUCCUCAGCCAUCAAAACCCAUCUCGUACCACUUGGAGUGUCAUUUCAUCCAGAUGGAGAGACGAUGCCUGCCGGCGGAUACUUCGUUUGGCUUACCCUUCCUAAGACGCUGAGUAGCUCCAAAAUCUGCGAGGAGGCGAAACGGGUAGAUCUCAUUCUCGGAAAUGGAACAGUCUUCGCUGUGCCCGGGAACGACAUACCGGACCUUCUUUGUCGGCAGUUGAGGCUUUGUUAUAUGUGGGUGGAUGAGGCAGAUAUCGGGGACGGGAUUAUUCGGCUGGCAGAAGUAAUCCAGAAUGUUUUGGGGGGUUGAUGAUGAAGCUGUAGUAGUGGUAGUGUGGAUAUUGAAGGUGUUAAAUUGAGCCAUGUGUGAUUAGCUUGCUUUGAGGGGCAUCAUCAAGUCCAGGAUGAAAUGUCAACCUGGCAAAUUACUUCAGUGGAUGGGGAAUUGGGCCGAACGAAUUGAAAGAAGAAUACAGCUCAGCAUUAGAAUGGGAGGCU